AAUAUUAAAAGCAACCGGCUCAAAGCUUCGGCCACACUGCCGCCAUACAAGUUUCAUACGCUGAAGAGUCAGUUUUCGAAAAUUUAUAUAUCUUAUUGAUCAGAAUGUUCGUUGUACGUCGUAGUUCCCGUUUGUACCCAGCAGGAGUGCAGCUGGCUAAGAUGAGCGGUAGCCAAGUCGGCGACUUGGGCAGCGGCGCCGGCAAAGGCGGUGGCGGUGGUGGCUCCAUUCGUGAGGCUGGCGGUGCCUUUGGCAAACUGGAGGCCGCCCGUGAGGAGGAAUACUUCUACAAGAAGCAACGCGAGCAGCUAGAUCGCUUGAAGAACGACCAAAUCCAUCAGGCUGAGUUCCAUCAUCAGCAGAUCAAAGAGCACGAGGAGGCCAUCCAGCGUCACAAGGAAUUCCUCAACAAUUUGCACAAGUGAACACAUCACGACGGGGAGAUGACAACUUAAAGCUUAACUUAAAGUCUAACAAUCUAUUUGCGAAACACUUUACAUUUAAAUGCAUUUCUCUAUGUUUACUAAUAUUUUAUAUUGUUGGUAAAACGAUUCUAUACACGACUCUAUAUUCGGAUUGUUCAGUGCUUAAAUAAAAAUCGUUUUUAAUA